UUCAAUAACAAUUGGUUAUACAUCGAUCUUGUGAUCUAACUAUUGAAGGAGGUGCAAUUUGCAAUAGGAAGUCUAAUUUUUUGCAACUAAAGUUUUAACUGAAAUAUAUUAGUUUUAAGAAACAAUAAAAAAUGGUUGACCGUGUAAAUAUUAAAGAAAUGAUACCGGCUUUGCCAGAUGAAAAAAUUGAUAUGCUAGCAGCUACAAGUAUUCUACAACAACAAGCUGCUGACAUUAGGAAUCAACAAAUUAAAUGGCAAUCAUAUCUACAGUCUCAUAUGAUAUCAAAGGAAGAUCAUGAUUUCAUAGUAGCUUUUGAUACAAAUGAUCCUAAUGUUCGAGAUGCAAAACUCAAGGAAAAUCCACAUCAAGCUGCUAAAACAUUUCUUAAUUUACUUGGUCAUAUUUCAAAAGAUCAAACUAUUCAAUAUAUACUUACAAUGAUUGAUGACAUGCUUCAGGAAGAUCGUAGUCGUGUAGAAAUCUUUAGAGAACAUUCGAAUCGCAAACGUGAAUCAGUAUGGGGUCCUUUUUUGAAUUUGUUAAAUAGACAAGAUGGAUUUAUAAUGAAUAUGACCUCUCGAAUUAUUGCUAAACUUGCUUGCUGGAGUCAUGAUCUAAUGGAAAAAACAGAUCUUCAAUUUUACUUGACAUGGUUAAAAGAUCAAUUGAAACUCAGUUUUGAAGCUCCUCAGGAUACAAAUUUGCAUGCAAGAGUAGAACAAGACAACACUAUGGACAAGGAGACAAAUGAACUACAUGAACUACAAAGUCCGAAUAAUGAAUAUAUUCAAUCUGUGGCACGUUGUUUACAAAUGAUGCUUCGCAUAGACGAAUACCGUUUUGCAUUUGUAUCCGUUGAUGGAAUUUCUACUUUAAUAAGUGUUCUAUCAGGCAGAGUAAAUUUCCAAGUACAAUAUCAACUUAUAUUCUGUAUAUGGGUAUUAACAUUUAAUCCAUUGCUUGCAGAAAAAAUGAAUAAAUUUAGUGUUAUUCCUAUUUUGGCAGAUAUAUUAAGUGAUUCUGUUAAGGAAAAAGUAACUCGUAUUAUUUUAGCAGUAUUUAGAAACUUGAUUGAAAAAGUAGAGGAUGGACAAGUUGCUAAAGAACAUUGUAUAGCUAUGGUACAGUGUAAAGUAUUGAAACAACUUUCGAUCCUUGGACAACGUAAAUUCGAUGACGAAGAUAUUACUGAUGAUAUUGAAUUUUUGAAUGACAAGUUACAAGCAUCUGUUCAAGAUUUAAGUUCUUUUGACGAGUAUUCGACCGAAGUAAAAUCCGGACGUCUUGAAUGGUCUCCUGUUCAUAAAUCUGGGAAAUUCUGGCGAGAAAAUGCUAAUCGAUUAAAUGAAAAGAAUUAUGAAUUGUUGCGUAUUUUAGUACAUUUAUUGGAAACUAGUAAAGAUCCUUUGGUUCUUAGUGUAGCUAGUUUUGAUGUAGGAGAAUAUGUGAGACACUAUCCACGUGGCAAACAUAUAAUUGAACAACUUGGGGGUAAACAGCGAGUAAUGCAACUUUUAGGACAUGAAGAUCCUAAUGUAAGAUAUGAAGCUCUUCUUGCAGUUCAAAAACUCAUGGUACAUAAUUGGGAAUAUUUAGGAAAACAACUGGAAAAAGAACAAACUGGAACAUCAAAUGCUCCAGGAACAAAACCUGGUGCACAAGUUCCAGCAAAAGCUUAAAUAUAUAUUAUAAUUAUAAUUUUCUCUUAAAAUCUUGGACAUUUUGUUUUUUUUCUAAUUAUCUUCAAAUAAUUUACAUUAUGUGUAAAAACUGAUAAAAAAGAAAAAAAACAAAAGAAAAAAACAGAAAAAAAGUUCUUAAUUGAAAUUAUAUUAUAAAAAUUACUUUUUAUUCUAUUGUAUGUAAAAACUGAUAUAGAAAAAAAGUUCUUAAUUGAAGAUAUAUUAUAAAAAUUACUUUAUAUUCUAUUAUAUGUAGUUAUGUAGAUAAAAAAAAUAAUAUAUAUUCAAACAAACAUUUAAUUAAAAGUAUUGUCAAAUUUAAUUCAUCAAAAAAUGUAUAUAACAAUUAAAAAAUAUUAAAUAAUGGAAUGAACGUAUUUAUAGAAUGCUACUGCUUACUUUGUAAGUAAAAUGUUUAUGAAAUGUUAAGAAAAAUAAAAUAUUAGAAAGAAUAUAAAA